GGGGCAGCCCGGCGGCCGGGCACCGUGCGCGGCGGGGCCACGCUUCCAGCACGCUGCUCGCACGGACACCGCCCCGCCGCGCCGGACGGGCGGCGGUGCUGCUUUACUCCUCCCAUCAUCUCGCAGCGAGGUUGCCGGCCACGGACUCCUCCGAACUGGGCGAAGCGGAGGUGCCGCUCCCGCCGGGCACCCUGAGGAAAGGUGCUGCUACGGACAGCAGUGAGAGUGAUGCGGAGUGGGAAGAGUCCCAGACGUGAAGCUGGCUGUUCUGGGGACAAGGGGACAACCUGUUAGAAGCAGGCGUGGUUCUGAUUUCCUCAGAAGAAGCACAAAAGGAGAUGCUCUGUUCUUUGAAAAUAACUGGAGGCACUGGCAAGAAGCAGCAACACCGCAUCGAACAAGGGAACCGCUUCCAGGUUAUCCAAACAUGCUGUUGAACUGAAUUUUGCAGCUGCGUUUUCCAAUGUACCAUGGGAUGCAUCAAAUCCAAGGCUGCCUUCCAAGGUUCCAACGCCGUGCAGGAUGAGAGGGUGGGGGCAGGAGGCACGGGGUGCUCCGGGGAGAAGUCGUCGCUGCUGGCGGUGAAGGCGGAGGAGAGGGGCCCCUCGAGCACCCUCGUGCUGGACUACGCGCAGCGGCUGUCGCGGGACAUCCUGGAGCAGGCGGUCCGGCAGUGGGCGGUGACCGAGAGCAAGUACAGCGACAUCCCCUUCAUCGAGAGCGACGUGCCCUGAGCCCUGCCCAGCCUGGCCCGGCCCUGUGCGCGCUGCCAGGGCACAGGAAGCGCCCCCAGCUCUCUCUGAGCAUCACUGCGGGGAGAGCCUCAGAAAAUUUGCCUUUAAACGUAGAUUGCUAACAAACUACUUGGAUCGCAGUAGAGCCUGCUCAUAAAGUUAUUUGUUGUCAGCCAUGUGUUGAGUAUACAUAGAGUAUCAUGCUCUGUCUUUGUAUGUGUUGGAUGUGACCAGAAAUUAGCAUUAAAAAGACGAUGGGAAGACUGUGGCUGCCCUGCACCUCUACAAGCACUGCCACAGAGGACAAAACGUGGAUUAUUUCUAUGUUCUGCAUAAAAGAUCACUGGUCUGUCUGUAGGUGAGAUGAACUCUGUGCUUGGUGAAUUUGUCCGUGUUUUGCUGAAGUGAAAUCGAGGUCUGCAUGUAGCAAAGGUUACUGCUAUCAUAAAUUUUACUUUUGAUUCUGUGACCUAACUAAAUCUGUAAAACCACAAAAUAAUGAAGGUGAUGAGAGACUCUUCGUAAAGCCCAGUAGUAUUCAGAACCAUUUGGAUGAUGAUGUUAUUCACCUUCCAUUGAAGUGAGCCAGUGAGAAACAUGCCAGUGUUGAUAAGCAGUGCAUUAUCAUUAACAGAUGCUUCUGUAAAUGCAUGAAAGCUUGUCUCUAAAACCCUGCAGUAAGAUAGGUUAAUGACAUCUGGUGUGUUCAGACCAAAGCUGUUUGGUUUUUUUUGGUUUUGUUUGGGGUUGUUUUGUGUUAGGGUGCUGGUUUGGGAGGAUUUGGUUUUGUUGUUUUACUGUAACCCAGAGAGAUGUGCAAAAACUACUGAUGGUAACUAGUGAAAGCAACCUUCAAAGAUGUGGCAGUGCUUCAGGACAAUUUGUUUCAUGGGAGCUGUGGUAGCAUUACACUGAAAUUCCUCUCUGAAGUACCACCCUUGGGACAGGACGUCUUCCUUCAGCUUCUGUAGGCUGCUGCUUCCCCACUGGAAAACCUGUUCAUGGCAAUGCCAGCAGGAUCCAUAGGAGCCCUGGCCCUGGCAGUGCUCUGAAUGCAGAGUUAGGGACUGAGCCUUGGGCCCAAAGCUCAAGGGCUGCAUUUGUCCCCCAGUGCAUCGACACACUGCUCCCUGCUUGCCCAGGACUGGCAGCCUGACCCACUGCACUCAAGGCUGGCGUUUGACAGAUCAGAACAGGGAUGCAUUAUUCCUAUUCAUCCCAAAGGUACAAUGUUACUGAUGUUUUAUACAAAGUGAAGGCCUUCUAACAGCUCGGCUUUUACCACCUAUUUGUUCUUUUUUCUGUGAAGCCCAGUUUAAAAGACAUAGUUCCUUUUACUAGAUCAAAAUGCUUUCUAUUUUGUUUUCAUUUUAUAGAGAAUUGCUUUCCAUACUGGCUAAAGCUGUUACUAUUUUUAAAUGGAACACAUAGUUCUAGUAAAUGAUCCAAAGCAUGAUUUUUCAAGCAAUGGGCAGCAAGCAGAAAGAGGACCAUGUCAAAUGCUGAUUUUAGCUUAUUCUCUGGCAUAAGAUAGUCUAUGAAUUGAGCUGUUUUGCAAAUGUUGUGACACAAACUUAGGUAUUUGAAAUUCACCAUACCGGGCAGUGGUUUUAUCAGGAAUAAAGGGUGAAAAAUGUUUCUCUGUGACAACAGCACAAGGCUGGCAUUAAAUCCCAGUGACCAGACUGGAUUCCCAGUGACCCGUAUUAACUGUUUUUAGGCUUUUACUGGAAAAGGGAACGAAAUCAGCUCAUAAGCUGUAAUGUCGUCCUCUUUGAAGUUACGUAGUUGUCUUCAAAGCCAUUUGCAAAAUGGAACUAAAGUUUUAUGGUUUACUUAAAUACUCCUGCUAAGUGAUGUUCCUUCAACUUCUACAGCAUAUGAAACAUUAGAUCAUACUCUGUUUGCUCUAAAAUACCUCCAUAUAUUAGUGUGAGUUAGAAAGCAACGCCAAAACACUGAUCAAGUCAGUUCGUAUCAACUGGAUAUUGCUUAACCACAGUAUUAAAAAAGAUUCCUAUUAUUCUAGCUAAAAUAAAGCUUUAUUACAAGAAAAAAGAAAAAAAGGGCCAACCUUUCUAACAUCAGUGUGGGCUCAUGUUAACACUGCUAAUUACAGUAAUUAAUAAUAAAGAAGCCAAAGCUCCAGAGCCAUUGUUGGCCAGGCAGGUGAGAAGCAGAAAACUGCACUCACUGUCAGAGCACCUUGAGGUGGAUCUGCCCUGGCCCUUGUACAAGGCAAGCACGGGUGUUGCAGUGCUUCCUGUUGCCAUGUCUCAAAUCCUUCCUCUGGAUGUAGCCUUAGCAUCUGAUACUCUUCAGGAAUAUCAGAUGCACUUUUGAAAGCAGCUCCCGUUGGCUGGCUGCCACCGCACGGUCCAACACAGGCAGAGUUAUAAAACAGCCCAGGGCUCCACCACAGCAUCCCUUGUGAUCAGCACUGGGCAUUUCCCCAGAGGAGCUCAGCCAGGCACACUGAACAUGCCCCCAGGACUGCUCUCCUGUGCAGGCCCUGCCUGCCCUGAGAGCUGCCCAUGGGGGGACUCUGCACCAGCUUGGUGGCCCAACCAGUCCCUCACCUGCAGCCACCAACCUCGGCCCUCACUGGUGCCUGAAGAUUACAGCAGCUUCAGAAUGGCCCCAAGUGCAAUUCCAGCUGCUUUACCAUGCUUUCCAUGGCAUUGGCACUUCAGGGAAGGCACACAGCAAAUGGAAAGCAAACAAGCUUGCAAACAACAGGGAGACAGCAUCUCA